AUCACAGUUCCACCAUCAUACGAUCAAGCUACUCCCGAUGAACAGGGAUAUCCUCAGCAAGGAUACCCACCAGCCCAAGGGGGCUACCCACAAGCCCAAGUUGGAUAUCCUCCACAACAGGCCGGAUAUCCACCUCCACAGGCCGGCUAUCCACCUCCACAGGCCGGCUAUCCACCUCCACAGGCCGGCUAUCCACCUCCACAAGCCGGCUAUCCACCAGCUGGCGGUUACCCUGGAUAUUAUGGGCAGCAAAGCAAUCAGACAAGUAACAAUAUAGUCAUAACACAGCAGCCUACAUCAGGAGCCACGGUCGUCGCCUCAUACCAAGAUCACAUGACAGCGGCCAUCUUGGUAACUCUAUGUUGUUUCUGGCCAACAGGAAUAGUGGCCAUUAUAAAAGCCAGUGAGGCUCGCAGUGCCAUGGCAAGGGGAGAUCUUGCUUCCGCCAGGUCCUACUCUCAAUCGGCUAAGACUCUGGUCAACGUUAGCAUCGGUGUUGGCAUCGCAACCAUCGUCAUAGUGGCGAUCAUCAUAGGUGUCACCGUCGGUAUAAGCGCUUCAUCUUACAGUCGAACCAGUUCCAGUGGCUAUUACUACAGCGGGUAAACUAACUCCAUCAUUCCAGUGACCAGUCUUUCCGGAACAGACCUCUAACAUUCAACUAUGAUGUCAAGGAGUUUUUGCCCUUCUUUUUUCGUAUGUCAGCGUGUGUGUAUGUUUUUACAACAGUUAGCGAGUGUUAAAAUAUCUGCAGAGUGCUCCAUUUUAUUUAUUUGUAUCUUGUAAAGUGAUGUACAGAUGUUUACAGAUUAACAGGUAGCUCUACUACCCCUGAUAAUUAUGAUAAUAAUGACAAUUACAGUAGGUGAGUACCCAUUCUUCGUAGCACAAGAUGACAACAACGUCAUAACUAAAAAAAAAAACUUAAUAACCGUAAACAAAUCCGAUCCUAGUUAAAAAAAGAUUGCACAGUAGGUAUGGGUCAGUUGUACCUCUUGCAGCAUGUAUUUGCUCUAAGUAAUUUGGCAAGUCUUUUUUGUAUGCUGUCAGCCAUCCACACUGGAGUAAGGUAUUGUCUUACUGAAUCACUUAGAGGACUCAUUACACCUUUUUGAUUCCAACAUCCUAGCACUAACAAAGUCAAAUAGCUUAGCCGCUUAGCUCUAUUCGGCUGGGUGCAUUUUUUUUUGUUUUGAAAUAAGGUUAUAACAUAUUUCGUCUAUGAUUUGUCAUCCUUGUAUGUUCUCUUAAAUGGAAUGUCUUCCUUCAUACGGCGGCUGUUUUCAAGCUUAUACUUAUAUUUGCUUUUAUUUCAAGCUUAUACUUAUAUUUGCUUUUAUUUCAACGCAUUUACUGUUUUAAACAUUUAUAUUUUUAGGCUGUAUUAAAAAAAAACACUUUUUACUAGUGGCGUAGCUAGGGUGGGGGUUGGGGGGGGGGGGUGGAGUCCAGAUUCAAAAUUCCCCCUGGUCUCUACUUGAGGGGGGGGGGGGCUCCCAAAUGAGUAUCAGAAUAUUUAUUAGAUUAAAUACUAAAGCCAAUGCCAUGUUAUGUUGCUAUUCGUGUUGAUAUGUACAUUAGUGACCAUGUUGCAUGUAUAAAUCUAUUAAGUAUAUUAUCUCAUGUCAUGAUGUCGAAUGUUAAAAUGCAGGGACCCUAAAGGGGCCGAGCCACCCGAGCCCUUAAAUCUCUUGCAACUCUUUUAACUUACCGGACAUGAAGAACUGGACAACGAUAUUGAGCUGGACUAAAAUAUCAAUUUUUCAUGAUUACAUAUUGACUUUUGUUAUUUAAGAUUUGUGUUCAAGAAAUAUUUUAAUAUAAUCUUUAAGAUUAUACUAUGUUAAAUAAAUUUCUACUUAUAAAAUUGUUUUUGUGGCCUUGCUUUUAUAAUCUUGAAGUCUUGAAACAAGUAAAUCUAGAAUACAUUUGUAUUUGUUUUAAAUUAAAUUUUCGUUAAAAAUAUGCCCUUUAUUCUUUCCUUUCACAGUUGAAUAUACUUGUCUAUAUUUCUAUUUAAUACAUACAAUAUAAUGUCAUGGACACAAUUUGAUAUAAUUUUGGAAUAUGAACAAUGAAAAUGUAGGGCUACAGAAAGAAAAUUUAGUGUACAUUGGAGUUGAGUGUACAUUGGAGUUUAGUGUACAAUGGAGUUUAGUGUACAUUGGAGUUUAGUGUACAUUGGAGUUGAGUGUACAUUGGAGUUUAGUGUACAAUGGAGUUUAGUGUACAUUGGAGUUUAGUGUACAUUGGAGUUGAGUGUACAUUGGAGUUUAGUGUACAAUGGUCUAGUUUUGGCCUUUAUUCAAUUGGGAGUACAUAAUUGCUGGCUUGUCUUUUUUCAUUCCAAGAAUUAUAUUUAUUGUUCCUCUUUAUAUAAUGAUUUGUGGAAACUAAUGAACUUCUUUGUUGUAGUUUGUUUGUUUUUAUGGUGAAUUAAACAAUGCAAAUGAGAUUUUUUUUUUGGUUAAAUGUUCAACGUGUUUAGCCUUACAAUAAUGACAUCACAUAAAUAUAAGUUGAUAUUUGUAUAAUGUAUUAUGUGAACUUCAGAAAUAAAUCUAUUUUUACU